AUGAUCACCGAAGGGACCAAACGCAAAAAACCUCCGACUUUUGGUCACCUUCCAUUUAAUAGAGCCAAAAAGCUAAAGCAGUCAUGGGUUGAGAGCACGAAGAUAAAGUCUCAGUGGAAAGCCCAGAAAAAGCGGGAAAGUGUUCUUCAACGGAAACCCGAAGUACCUUCCGAUGGCGACCCACCCCCUGCACAUCAGGAACAACCUGAUGGAAGUGACCCAGAAGAAUCGCACUCCAAGGAUCAAGGUUCUCACUCUGGCAGUCAUUCCGAGUGCAAGCAGCCACCAGUCCCAAAUAGUUCAGCUGAUGGCAGGAUUUCGCUUCGAGAACUCGGCAAACAAGCUUACUCACGGAAUUCCCUCCACACGUACAAGGCGAAUACUAAAAGACAUCAUACAAAACCUUCUCGCGGUACCAAUCCGCAGAGAGGCGGCACCAGGGGAGGCCGCGGUGCUUCCUUCGAUGAUCGGGGACGCGAGAAGGGACAACCCAAUAUGAAGUAUCGAAUGACGGCCAUGCUCGAAAAAAUCAAGCGCGAUUUUACUUGA